AUCAUCAAUCAGGUUUGAGGAGGCAGAGCAUGGCGCAAAAUGGCCCUUGACAUUUUUCAGAAAACGAACCAUGGUAAUUUCAACACAGGAGAAGUCGGUUCGUUCCAGUCGCUCCCGUCCACUUCGUCAUGCGUCGUCUUUUCUCCUCGCCGAAAAAGACCAGUGAAGGCCGGCACAGUUCAAAGGAGAGAGCUCGCAAAUUCGGCGGCUUGAAAAGGUCAAAAUCAUCUAAGGUCAUCGUGGAAGAUGAAGAACGUACGCUUUCGUCCUCUUAUUGGGAUGACCUACCAGUCGAGAUCCAAAUUUCAAUAUUUGUGGAAUGUAGUGUCUACGACUUCCUACCUUUGAAGCUUGUCUGUCGCGGGUUUUACGAGGUCCUGACCCGUCAUGAACUUGUUAUCGCGCAAGAAUACCUACGACGUCGACGUCAUGAUACACUCCCAUCUACUAUCGACCACGAGCGGACAUAUACAAUGAACCCCGAGGACGAUGUCGUUCUUCUUUCCGACUUAUUUCCUCCUACGAAGAGCGCUAGAGGUGGCUAUCUAUAUACCUUUCGAUACUUGCAUACCUUGCGACGCCGGCAGGACACUUGUGCCCGGCUGUCUUAUUACUUGGCAAAUCGUGUGAUGGACCGAUUCUUCGAUUCCAACCAAACUUUUGUUAAGGGCAUGUCAGCUUCCAAAUCAGAGCGUGAUCUGAUGUUUGAACAUGGAAUUGCACAUUUGAAGUUCAACUUCAUUCCUCUAACAGACUUACGCUUCCGCACGAAAGGAACAUUUGAAUCAUUUAUUAAGAGAUUACGAAGCGGGAAGGCUCCCCGUACCCAUCCCUCCGAACGACAAACUGAGUUUGUUGAUCCCACCUGGAUUGGUGGGCUUCUGACAGCAUCUGGACUUGGAAGGGUUGUUGAAUACUUUUCCGCUGAGAUAGGGGAUGGAGUUAAAAUUCGAACGCGGCGUAGAGAUUUCAUGAUCAACUUCGAGAAGGACAUAGAUCGUUAUGUGCGAGAGGAGAUGCAUCCAUACGUCUACGUACUCCCACCAAGUGGCCAGCCGCAUUACCCUACCGUUCAUGAGGUCUGGCUGGACGCUGCUAUACGUGAGUUGAGAUCCCGAGAUGCGAUUCCUCACGAUCCGGGGAAGCUCACGAUCUGGAACGGAGCCCCGAUGCUUAUGGCGUGUGACAAUUGCCUCGCAGCCGAAGGUUGGACGAUUGCGUAG